CUGAAACGUCCGGCGUUUUUGCAUGCGCUCUCCCGAUCCCCUCCUCUGUCAUUCAUUGAAUCCUGCAGCGGUACGUCGGGAGGGUCUUCACUCGCGCUUUGGUUUCAGGCGGCAUGAAAGCUUAGACCUCAGUUCAAGUGUCUCUCAGGGACUCUAAGCCUGCCCUCCUUCUGCGGCCUCUUCCUUUGUGCUGACCAACUUUUGCACUCGCAACAACAACAACAACAACAACAACCAAGAACGAUGGCCCAGCAACAACAGAUUAGUCUUCCAGCCAAACUGAUCAAUGGAGGGGUUGCAGGCAUGGUAGGAGUCACCUGUGUGUUCCCAAUCGACCUGACCAAGACCCGCCUGCAGAACCAGCGCAGCGGGCAGCAACUCUACAAGAACAUGAUGGAUUGCCUAGUAAAGACAGUUAAAUCUGAAGGCUAUUUUGGCAUGUACAGAGGAGCUGCGGUAAAUCUUACCCUUGUAACCCCAGAAAAGGCCAUCAAACUAGCUGCUAAUGACUUCUUCCGCCACCAGUUGAGCAAAGACAGUGGCAGGUUGACAGUGUUCAAGGAGAUGCUGGCAGGCUGUUGUGCAGGAAUGUGCCAGGUCAUUGUCACCACACCCAUGGAGAUGCUCAAGAUUCAGUUGCAGGAUGCUGGCAGGCUAGCGGCCCAGCAGAGGGUGAUGCCAAGUGUAGUAGCGACUCUGAAGUUGGGAGGGACUAGUGCUGUUCUUAGCCGUUCCUACAACGCCAGCCUUGCACCUCAAGUCGUGCGAGUGUCUGCCACACAGAUCACUAGAGAACUGCUGAGGACCAAAGGAGUCACAGGAUUGUACAGGGGACUCGGAGCCACGCUGAUGAGGGACAUCCCCUUCUCCGUUGUGUACUUCCCUCUUUUUGCACAUCUGCACCAGCUUGGCCAGCAUUCAUGUGAAGACCCGUCUGUGCCCUUCUACUGGUCCUUCAUGUCUGGCUGCUUGGCUGGAUGCAUUGCUGCUGUGGCUGUCAGCCCUUGUGACGUGGUAAAGACAAGGCUACAAUCACUCAGAAAAGGAGCUAAUGAGGAAACCUACAGUGGAGUGGUGGAUUGUGUCAGAAAGAUCCUGAGAAAGGAGGGUCCUGGAGCAUUCCUCAAGGGUGCCAGUUGCCGUGCCUUGGUUAUUGCUCCACUAUUUGGCAUAGCCCAGGUUGUGUACUUUGUAGGGGUUGGAGAGUUCCUGCUUGGGUACACCCCCAUCUACUCUGCAUAAACAAGCUGUUUCCUAGUGUCUCUGCUGCCUCAUUAAAUAACAGGCAGCUAUGCCCUUGGCAUAGCAAUGGAUCCAGCUGUCUGUUACUGUGUACCUUCUUUAUUGUUGGAGGCUUUCAUAGUAAAAUGCUAAAGGGACCAGAUGGAUACCAUGUCAUUUAAAAAUGGUUUCAGACUGUUGCUUUAGCAGGACUACCUCUUAUUCAAGAGAUUGAAAUUGAAACUUGCCUGUCUAUAUGGGCUUCAGCUGAGCAUAUUACAAAAAAAGAAUUGCAUUUUAGCAUUUCAUCAGGAUCAGACUUGACACUACUCCUAUGACUCCAAGCGUUUGCCCCUGUUACAGUAAAGUUAGCCUCUAUCCUUAAAUGCACCCCAUAUCAGUUACCCUUUGCAGUAACCCUAACUUGCAUAUUCCAACUUUGUAACCACUAGAUGACUGAUGAAUUCAUGCUGUUGGAAAAGACACCUUUCUCUUCCAGGGAGCGUUUACUAAGUAACAGCAAAGGCAGAAUACUGAAACUUUACUUGAAUGGGUUCAAUCCUGUUUUAAAGGGUUACAUGUGAAACUGGGACAUUUAUCCCUGUCUGUGUAAAUAGUUGAUUUUAAAGCAAAUAUCUUUUGUUAAAUAAAGCCUCUCUCAUAAUCAUUGUGAUACGUUGUCCUCUAAACAACGUGGUUUGGAAAAGAAAAUUGAGGGAAUCCUGGCGUAUUGAUGACACUCUGUUACAAGAAGUGAUUUCCCAGUGUUUGGCUUCUUAUCAUCACUGCUUUAUAGUUGGUCACAAGACUGCAGCUGACGAUAGAUAGUUUCUGGUGUUUGUUUUUCAGAGCAAUUAUGGUUUUAGGUGUUUUAAGGGUUUUUUUUUCUUUUUACUGGACACUGUGACUACAAACUACACAACUCUGUUUAUGUAACAUGUAAGCUUGAACUGUGCAAAUUGCGCAGCGUUUUGCAGUUUACUUUGAACAGCUUUUUUGUGGUGGUAAACCAAGUGGAUGAUGAACAAGACGUUAUUGAUGGAUUUAGCUGUGAUGAUGGGACCAAGUCUUCUGAAAAAAGUGCAACAUGACCUACAUAUAGUGACUUUCUCUUAGUUGACAGUGGUUGUGUGUGACUGGUCAGGUGUUCUUAUCAGAUACAGGGGCCUACACAAAUGUAUCAUGCCAGGUAUUUAGUGUAAUGUUGGUCUCUCUUCUGUAAAAUGCCAUGGGUCAAAGCACUUUUUACAAUUUUACCAGUGUAAAUAUUUAUCCUGUUUUUUUUCAGAUUUCUCAAACUGUGCAAGUUAAACUCAAAUUGACAGCAAUUUCAGCAUUUUGAAAGUAUUGCAACCAGUUGAGAAGAUUUAUUUUUAAGUUCAUUUUAGAUGUAUGCAUGUAAAUACGGAUUCCUAAACGCUGAAUAAAUAUAUUUAAAUGCA